GUGUGUUAAAAGUCCAUAUCGCCCGAUUUCACAAGAAGCCGACCAAAAUGUCGUCCUACAGAUCCCUUUGCUGUCUAAUACUGACGAUAUCGCUCCACAGAACGCAAGCAGCCAAUCCAGAAAUAGUCGUUCCGAACGUAGUGAUAGAAGCAGAAGAGGGCAGUACCGCAGAACUUGUGUGGAACUACACGGACAUUCCAGACGUGAUUCUAGAACGUUGGGUGAGGGCCGAGACUGGCGCCCCGGUAGCCUUGCGCAAUCCUAAUGGGGAAACCAAGAUAUUUCUGGACCGUGCAGAACUCUUUGGUACAGUCUCCAUCAGAAUCCGUGACCUGACAAAAGAUGACACCGGCUUCUACGAGCUGCACACCAUCUACGCCGACGGCAAGUUGGCCAGCAGGGCAGUGGAGCUGAUCGUGGCAUACGGUCCGUCCUCGAUGGAUAUCGUAGUUCACCCAUACCCGAGUUAUGAAGGCAACAACAUCAACCUGACGUGCUACGCAGACAGCCGGCCGCCAUCUAAUUACACCUGGGAGCGGGAAACCGGGGACCUACCGACCGAUAGAAUGACGUUUGACCCCCACACUGGCGUGCUGAGUAUCCGGAACGCCACACGGGAAGACGUGGACAAGUACAAGUGCACAGCGGGGAACGGCGUGGGGUACUCUGUCAGAGAAUUCACAGAUCUAGAGCUCUGGUACUCCCCACGCAGCACGAGUCUGCAGGCGGACCCUGGCUGGGCGUGGCGGGAGGGAGACACGGUGACGCUGCGGUGCACCACCGACGCCUUCCCGCCGGCAACCUUCACCUGGCGCCGCGAGGACGACGGCAUCAUACCUGAGGAGCCCAGGGUAGAGCAAAACAGGUUGGCGGGAACGUUAAUAUUCAACGGGAUAGAGAAGAGUGACGUAGGGACAUACGUGUGUGAAGCGGCGAACGGGAUUGGUCAACUGGACAGCGCCAAGUUCGUCAUUGACCAAGUCUUGGAACCAUUGCCUGGUGUCGUUGACAACAUGGGCCAGAGCGGGACAGGAGACAAUCCUGCGACCAGGGGAAACGUAGUUCAGCCGAUUGGCGGUUCGACUCACGUGACUUCAUCCAUCCUCCUCUAUCUGGCCGCCAUGUUGUUCAGUCUCACCGUCUGUCGGCUCUGACUAGGGGCGGCCAUAGUCUGAUUUUGUUGCCGUCUAGCCAGUUGUUUUUUUUACCAAUUUCUAGAUUUAUGUCGUGUUGGUAGCUAUCAAUCGACACAGUUGUGCGCCUAGGCAGUUCGACAUUUAUUUCACCACCUGGAAGUUUCGGCCCCUCACCAUCAGGACCGUUCCGCACCAUGCCUCGGACUGUUGCUAUUAUGAGAUAACCAAAAGCUAGCUUCUCUUAGAAUGUGCCAGUAUAGAAUAUCUUUUCCCAUAUAUACGCUUGUGUGAUUAGAAUUACCGUCUAGCUACUAUUUACGACACAUGUGCUUGUAACAAAUGAUACAACCCCCUAUGUUGUCAUUACGCACUGAAUACUUUGUAAUAUUUACUAGUAUAGUGUUGAUUGUGGUUCAAAAUAGAUAUUUUACGAUAAAUAACGUGCAAGUAAGUAGAAGAUAUAAAGAGCUUAGUGGCCUACAUUGACAGGUUGUGUAAUAUAUGAAUUUCCGAUGAAAAUUCAGGUCUUGGAGAUUGAAAUGAUAAGCCCAUUCAAAGCAAUAUGUUCUAUCAAUAAAUGAUGUCUGUUAACCCUUA